CGGCUGGCGGGGGGCUCGGCGGCGGAAACGCGCCCUACUGUCAGACCAAAAAAUGAAGUAGAACAGAAGCAGCUGUGUGCAUUUGGGGAGUAUGUGGCUGAGAUCCUGCCCAAGUAUAUCCAGCAAGUACAGGUGACCUGUUUCAAUGAGUUGGAGCUUUUGAUCCAUCCAGAUGGGAUUAUUCCAGUUCUGACCUUCCUCCGAGAUCAUACUAAUGCUCAGUUCAAGUCCUUGGCUGACUUGACUGCUGUUGAUGUCCCAUCUCGGCAGUACCGCUUUGAGAUUGUUUACAAUCUCCUGUCUCUGCGAUUCAACAGUCGGAUCCGUGUGAAAACAUACACUGAUGAGCUGACACCUAUUGACUCAGCAGUGUCUGUGCACAAAGCAGCAAACUGGUAUGAAAGAGAGGUUUGGGACAUGUAUGGUGUUUUCUUUGCCAACCAUCCUGAUCUAAGGCGAAUCCUCACAGACUAUGGGUUUGAAGGCCAUCCUUUCCGGAAGGACUUUCCACUCUCUGGUUAUGUAGAGGUGCGGUAUGACGAUGAAGUGAAACGAGUAGUGGCAGAACCUGUGGAACUAUCUCAGGAAUUUCGCAAGUUUGAUCUGAAUAGCCCUUGGGAGGCAUUUCCUGCUUAUCGUGCACCUCCGGAACCCCUGAAAAUACAAGCUGGAGCCAAGAAGGAAGAUGCAAAAUAGCAGCAGAAUGGAGCGGGUGCAUGGCACCAUCCCUUCUGUUCAAAUGUAAUAUUUAUAGUAAUAAAAGUUGUUAUGAGACUC